AUGAAACAUUUUCUUACGAUUUUCUCAAUAUUCAGCGUACUAAUUCACAAAUAUUCUGCACUUGAUUUCGAUAACUACACUCUAUUUAUUAACCAUCUCAGUUCCGAUGAAACCUUUCUCGAUAAUUACGCAGAUUGGUCAUUGAAGCUCUUCUCUCGCGAAGCUUAUAUUUAUGGCAAUCAACACGGUCGAUUUCGUUGCCCGAGGAACUAUUCGAAGACUAACUCUAAUAUUCCUACAUCAGUCCACAAACUUCAACCGGGUGAUUUCAAAUGCAUUGGGGCCUUGGGUGAUGGUUUAACGACUGGUCUAGCCACUCAAGCAAUUACGCCGACGGGUUUAUUAUUCGAAAGUCGAGGCAUGUCCUGGUCUAUUGGAGGAGAUUAUACUUUCUCAAAAUUUAUAUCCUUGCCGAAUAUACUACGAGAAUACACUCCUGCUUUACAAGGCUUUUCGACGACAGUUUCAGCGAUGUUUUCCAAUGAUGGUAAUUCAACGGAUAGUGGACUCAAUGUUGCUAAUUCAGGAGAUUAUUCUAUGCAUUUAUCAUACCAGGCAGAAUAUCUCAUUGAUCGAAUAAAAACUGAACAAUUAUGCAAUUGGAAGGAUGAUUGGAAGCUUAUUACAGUUCUUAUCGGGGUUAAUGAUCUAUGUAGUUUUUGCGAUGAUGUCAAUGGUAGUAGAUACACACCAGAACAAUACAUAAGGAACAUUCGUGAGGGAUUGGAUAUCUUAUAUCAAGCUCAAAUACCACGUACAUUUGUUAAUCUCGUUCCUCCACUUGAUGUUCGUAUUUUUCAACAGCAUACUGCACAUGGACAAGUAUGUGAGUCACUUUUAAAACGAUUGUGUCCAUGCGCAGCUUCUCCAACAGCAGAACAGGCUCAUGUACUAGACGAUCAUGUUGAACAGUACUAUGCUUUACUUCACAAGUUGAUCGCUAGUAAACGAUAUGAUGACCGUGAUGAUUUCACUGUCGUUAUUCAACCGUUUAUGAAAACAAUCUAUCAACGACAUAGAAAUGAUCAUGGUAUUGACCUUAGUUAUUUUGCAUCCGAUUGUUUUCACUUUAGCGGCAAAGGUCAUUCUCAAGCAGCACUCUCCUUAUGGAAUAAUAUGUUAGAGCCUGUUGGCGGUAAACACUCAGCAUGGUCGAUGGGUAAUUCGCUGAAAUGUCCAACAAAAGAAUAUCCAUACAUAUUCACAUCGAAGAAUUCUGCCGAAGCUUUACAUGAAUACAAGCGUACAACCAUCGCACAGAGCAGAAAUGCAAGUACCAGUACGAAAGCACGCACAUCAACAAUAAUGAGUAGUACUUUUGAGCUAAAUGAUACUAGCGAAUCUUUUCAAGAAGAGCUAAAGCCGAUAUCCAAACUGCCGAUGCGCAAAUCGAGAAUCUUGCUUAUUGUGAUCAUUCUAAUCGGUAUAAUUGUUAUUCUCGUAUGGAUAGUGAGUCAAAGAAGAAAGAAUCGAUCGUUUAAGUUCCCAUCUGGCCGACAUAAUUUUUCCGGUAUUCAGAACACACAACGAAUUGAAGAUGAAGAUGAUGACGAUGGCAAUGUCUGGAAUAAAAUGUCUGUUAGACGUCGUCGUUCAUUUGAAUGUCGACAACAGUUACCGGUACCUGUUUAUGUCGACCAAUUUUCCUUCUUAUUGGUGUCGUUAAUCUUAUUAUUCAGUCAAGUGCGCAUUUCAUUUCGUAUCUCGAUGUCUGAUACAUCCAGAGAGAAGAUCUACGGUGUCGAUGCUUCGGAACGCAACGCUCGUUUGCUACGCGUGAAAAUUUUACGAGCUGUUGAUCUACAGAGACGAGAUUUUCUCGGCGGAUCGGGUGAUCCCUACGUCAAAAUAUCGUUGCAAGUUCGUGAUAAUCGAAAUGUAACAAUCGAUAUCGCACGAACACGCACAGUACCAAAAACACUCAAUCCAUUAUGGAAUCAAGAUUUCAUCUUUCGAGUUGAUCCAAGCAAACACCGUCUGCAGUUCGAAAUAUACGAUCAAAACAAACUCACGAAAGAUGAGUUUCUUGGCAUGUUUCUUGUGGAUUUAACAAUGAAUAUUCCCUAUGAAUCAGCUGAACAAGCAAUGUUAACCAAAGACUUUUCUUUAACGAAGCGCAGCAUUCUUCAACGUGUCCGCGGUACAGCAACGAUUGGAUUGGCUUAUAUGAAUUCUCCAGGAACAUUGACACAUGCAGAAUCUUCAGAGAUCGAGACCAAUGGUAGCGAAUCUGGAUUUGAAAUUAUUCAUCAUCGAGAUGUCUCUCAAACAUUAAAUGAAACACCUUUGCCUCCAGGAUGGGAAGAACGAAAAGAUGGACAUGGUCGAACUUAUUAUGUUGAUCAUAACUCUCGCACAACAACUUGGCAUCGUCCGACCGGACAAACUACCACGGAUAGUUCUCAGCGUACUCAACAACCAGUCGGUGAUCGACGUCAAGUUGAUGAUAUUGACGGUAGCAAUAGUCAAACCAGUUCUUCAAGAACAGUGACAAAUAGUUCUCGUGGCGGUGGUGUAGCAGGUAGUGACGGUGGUGGAGGAGCAAGCAUUGUUUCUACAACUGCCGCUGGUUCGAAUGCAUCGGAUGAUCUUGGUCCGUUGCCACCUGGUUGGCAACUAUCGAGAACUGACAAUGAACGUGUGUUUUUUAUUGAUCAUAUCAACAAGCGAACAACAUGGAUUGAUCCACGAACUGGCAAACCGAGUCCAUUACCAGCCGCUCAGCGUGAGCUUAACCAGAAUGGACCAUUACCAGAGCAGUGGGAAGUUCGAACAUUACCUGACGGUCGAGUUUAUUACAUCGAUCACUUGAACAAAACCACAACAUGGACUGAUCCUCGUAUUGCUGGACCGACGGUACCUUAUUCACGUGACUAUGAAGCGAAAUAUCGGCAGUUUCGCCGUUAUUUACCGCGACCUAGAUCAAAUGUUGGUAAUCAAGUUGAACUGCAUAUCAAUCGAAAAGAUAUCAUGGAAACUUCGUUUCGAGCGGUAAUGGGCGCCCGAGAUCCGGAGGUGUUGAAAGCAAGACUUUGGGUGGUAUUCGAUGGCGAACGCGGUCUCGACUAUGGUGGCUUAAGUCGUGAAUGGUUUUUAGUACUUUCGCGCGAAGUUUUCAAUCCAUAUUACGGUCUAUUUGAAUAUAGUGCUAUUGAUAACUAUACACUUCAAGUCAAUCCUCUGUCUGGUAUAUUCAAUGAAGAACAUAUAAAAUAUUUUCGUUUUAUUGGUCGUAUCAUCGCUAUGGCUAUCUAUCAUGGCAAAUUACUCGAAGCAUUCUUCAUUCGUCCGUUUUAUAAAAUGUUACUUUCAAAACCCAUCACACUGGCUGAUAUGGAAUCUGUGGAUCGAGAAUAUUAUCAAUCUUUGAAAUACAUCAUUGACAAUGAUCCAGCUGAUCUAGAUCUUUACUUUGUUGUUAGCGAAGAAAUCUUGGGUGAAUUACGUGAACAUGAAUUGAAACCUGACGGUCAACAUAUUCAAGUAACUGAUGCAAAUAAACAAGAAUAUAUCGAUUUGGUCAUCAAUUAUCGUUUCGUUCAACGAAUUGCUACACAAAUGAAUGCAUUGAAACAAGGUUUCCAAGAUAUCUUAUCACUCGAUACUAUCAAAAUGUUUGACGAGAAAGAAGUCGAGCUUCUAAUCAGUGGUCUUGGAGAAAUCAAUGUCAAUGAUUGGCGAACCUAUACAAUGUACAAAGGAGGUUACACUCCAGACAAUGUGGUUAUACAAUGGUUUUGGAAGGCUAUUGGAUCGUUCAAUAUGGAAGAACGCACUCGCUUUUUGCAAUUCGUUACGGGUACUUCUCGAUUACCAAUGAAUGGUUUUCGUGAAUUGUGGGGGUCGUCAGGUCCGCAAUUAUUCACGAUUGAACGAUGGGGCGAUCGUACAAAAUUACCGCGUGCUCACACAUGUUUCAACCGUAUCGAUUUACCACCGUAUGAAAGCUACCAAGAACUGCGCCAGAAAUUAGUUCAAGCAAUGGAAAUGAGCGAAGCAUUUGAAGGUGUUGACUAA